AUGAAACUAACUUGGGCACUAAUUUCCUAUCAAUUAUAUCGAACCUAUACUUUCUUUAGGCAGACAAUAAGUCCAGUCAGCCUUAACAAUACCUUUAGCAAACUUUUCCCAUUCAUCAUGUUGCUGUACACGAGGGAACUUGUGGCUCCGCGGCCCAAGCAAGAACUGCUCCGUUUCAAGAACAAAGCACUUGGAAUAAAGUACAAGGAUAGACUGCGUAGCUCCUUUGCCCACUCCACCAUCCAUGGGAUGCAGCACGCCUUCGAAGAACGACAUCUCUGGCAGCGUUGCCUGUGGCUUACUAUCGCUUUAGGAGCCGGAAUCACCGGGUUCAGUCUGUACACCGCACUAAGACAUCGCCAUAGUGAACAGACCCUAGUCAGCCUGAUAGAUACAACUCAGUUGCCAGUGUACCACAUCGAUUUCCCAGCAGUGGCUAUAUGUCCGUGGAGCCAUGUCAAUUGGCAAAGGGCUCCAUCUGCAUUACUCCGAUUUUUACCCAAAAAUCCGAAUGCAGAGCUCAGAGAAACGUUCCGUCAGCUACUUGUCGUUCUGGAGGUGGUCACCUUUUCCAAUUUUAACAGGGCAGUGGAUCUGGCAAAAAGAAAUCUCACAACAUUGAGGUUUUUACAGUUGAAGAAGAUGAUGAACUACUUGGCCUAUCGAUGUGAUGAACUCUUUAUCCCAGAUUCUUGCGUGUUUGAUGAGACUCCAUAUGAUUGCUGCAAGCUCUUUGUGCCUGAACAAACGGAGAAGGGCCAGUGCUUGGUCUUCAACUCCCUGAUUUCGGAUCACUCCCGUAAAAAGCAACUAACCAACAAGUUCUAUCCCUACAAACUGAGUACUGCUGGUGAGGAAUCUGGCGUAAAGUUCACACUCAAUGCGAGCUUUUCCUUCGUUAGGAAUGGCGUAGAAGUUCCCUUUGGCAUGAAUCUGAUGAUCAAGGAACCAGGUCAAUGGUCAAAUCAAAUGAUGUACCACCUAUAUCCGGAUACGGAAAACUUCGUUGCUGUGCAUCCAAUGGUCACGGAAACAUCCCCAAAUACAUAUGAAAUGAGUCCCAGCAAGAGGGGUUGCUACUUUGAUAACGAAAAAAACCCUAACUUCCUGGACACUUCAUUAACCUAUAAUAGGGAAAAUUGCCUGGCUAUGUGCCUUCAUCUAGUCGUGUUGAAGACUUGCAAUUGCUCUACACCAGUUUUCUUGCCACCCAUUGAGGGAAUUCGUGAGUGUGGAAUUGAGGACGCAGGGUGUCUGGGCGGCAAUGCCGAUAUAUUCAGCUAUGUGAAGAUGGGUGACCAGGAGAAAUACAUUAACGACUCCCGACGUGGGCAUUUCUGUGAUUGUCCAGAUAACUGCAACUCACGCCAGUACAAAAUGACGCUCAAUGUGCGCAAGCUGGAUUACCCAAAAAAUUCCACCGAUAGAUUGAUCACAGCGCAGAUUUAUUACGGCCAGCGAGUGAUGACCAAAAUCAUAACGAAGCUCAAGUACACAAACCUAGAUUUAUUGGCCAAUUUUGGAGGUAUCGUAAGUCUUUAUAUGGGGGCCUCGGUCAUGAGUUUCAUAGAGCUUUCUUUUAUACUGGUCAAGCUGACAUGGGCACUGAUUACAGACGUUUGUGCAAAAUGA